ACGAAAUUCAUUGCCAGUAACAGGUCAGACGCCUUAAAAACUGACAUCAAUUUGUUUUUUACGAUAACAAAUUGUCAACUCGUCCGCCCUCGCUCGUGGACGCAUGCCAUAAAUUAUAAAUUCAUAUGUCUGUCCGCUUAUUGACAAUAAAAAUUAGCCAAUGAGCGCGCGAGAAUUUCUGCAGUUAUAUAUCGUAAAAAGUUAUCCAGUUUUUUCCCGCCAAUAUCUUCAAAGCCUGGGUAGCCUGGCCAAUUCACAUUCAAUAUGGCCGACGACUUCCUCCCUCGACUACCUGUAAACGGAUUUGGUGUCUUAUAAAGUUGUUGUGAAAGCACAUAAUGGAUAGAUUUGUCGUUCGAACCAAACGUCUUCCUAGAUCCGAACGUGUAUGUACAGUGACCAAGGAUAACAAGAAACAGGCCACAAUCGAGAGUCUCGCGAGUGUGGUUGUGGUAGAAGAAAUACAACACCUCAAAUGUCAGUUGGAAAGUGACGUUUCCUCAUCCGAGACAAUUUUGUCGGCAUUGAAAUUGUUAGGUUCAAAGAACGUAUCAAAAGAUGUGCUACUGUCCACGAAAAUUGGUCACACAGUCAAUGGUCUUCGACGUCGAGGAAGCAGCAAUGAGAUAAGAGAACAAGCAAAGCAAGUUUUCAGAAGAUGGAGACAUUUUAUCAGAGACCUUGAAAAAGAAAAACCCCUCAUAGAAGUUCACUGUGACAAAAAAACUGAAGUUAUUAGAGGGAAGGCAAGACAGCUAUUAGCUGAUGCUCUUCAAUCAACGACUGUAGAGAAUUUACCAGAGCUUAUUGAAAGAACUGUGUUUCACACUUUUGGCAGACUUAUCAAUAACACCUACAAGAGAAAAAUGCGCUCUUUAGUCUUCACUUUGAAACACAGGGAUGCUAUCAGAGAGAAAGUUAUAGGUGGUGAAAUAACUGUGAAGAAGCUUGUCACUUCAUCUGUUGAUGAGCUUAUAGAUUGUGCAAAUGGAAAUUCAAAAUAAGAAAAGUUAAUAAUUUUAUUGUCAAUAAUUACUAAGAAAUUUUAUACAAGUUAGUGGAGUUUUGUUUUUAUUUUAUUAUAGAUAUUUUGUUUGUGAACCAUAUAUAUCAGGGCUUCUGUGAAUGCAGUCUUUCUGUUUAUUAGGAAAGUAAUCAAAACCAACAAAUAUAGUUUAAUAGACCAUGUUCAUUUUCUCGGUAUUGGACUGGCACUAGCUUGUAAUGGUGGCUCAUGCAGAGGAAUAAUCAUUAAAAAGAGAUAAAUGUGAAUUGCAUUUGAAAAGACUCCCUGCAUUAGCCUAAGUAGUUGCAAGAUAGUUCCAGGCCAAAUCUGAGAAUACGAAUAUGGUCUAUUUAAAAAAUGUUAUGUACAGAAUUUCGGGAUGGACCUUU